UUGCUCUCCCUCCCUCGCUCCAUUUGGUUCAAUUUUAUCUACUUCAACCAAAUAUAUUGAUUUUUGGCGAAGAAGAACAGGGCAUGGUGAUGAUGAAGAUGCGGACAAGUUGGCGAGUUAUGGAGAUUUUUUUGGUGCUAAGAAGAAAAAGGCUGCCAAACAAAAAUAAAAAUUGAAAGAUGGGUCAAAAGAGUCAGACAUGAAUGAUGAACAAGAAGAUGAUAAGGCAUUUGAAAAUAAGGUAACUGCUGCAAGAAGGCCAUUGAACAGUGCAUUAGAAGUUGAUCUUGAUUUUGAGCACAACGAGAGACCUGCCCCUAUAAUAACCGAGGAGGUUACAGCAACACUUGAAGAUUUGAUAAAGAAAGGAUCGUUGAGGGGCAGUUUGAUGAUGUUCAAAAGGCUCCUGCGUUGCCCUGUAAAGCACCGAGAGAAGUUAAAAAGUUGGAAGAAUAUGUUCAAAAGACAAAUCUGGGGUCUGAUCCCUUGACAUUAAAGGAUAAACAAAAGCAAGAGGUACAAAUGAUGCUGCAAGCAUGUUGUUCAAGAAACUUAGCUUAGCUUAAAGCGGGAUGCCCUUUCUCAUUUCCACUUUGCUCCCAAACCUGUAUCCUUUUCGAUCUCAAUCAUUUUAAUGAACAUUUUAGGCAUUAUGUCAUGAACGUUUUGUGUCCAUGUCUUUGUUUCUUAUGUGUUCUUUUGGACAGCUUAUGGAGGACAUGUCUAUAAAUGUAAAUGUCCCUGCUCUAGCAAUGGAAGAGGUAAGGAGUCUGCCCAUCUUCACUUCA